AUGAAGCGCAACGAUUCCUUCCGCGACGUCACCGCGGUGGCGAAGCAUUUCCCCUCUUACCUGGAGAAGAGGGUGGCGGAGGAGUCAUUCGUGCACGAGGCUGUGCAGUAUGCCAUGUGGCUGCCCCUAGCCGCGGGAGCCAAGCACAUCGGAUGGAACAGCGUGGCCUACCUGUUCCUCACCUGGUUCAUCCUGGGAGAGCUGGCGCUGAUUUACAUGAAGCUGAAGCUGAGGUUCAUCAAAUGGUACCACGUGAUUGCUCUCACAAUCGCCGCGGGUGUGCACUGGAGCGCGGAGCUCGCGCUGGACGAGAACUCGUACUGGAGGUACUUGACGCUGUACGUGAUCGGGGGCAUCGGCGUCAUGGCGGUCGUGCUGCCCUUCGUACCGAGGAAGUUCACGCGAGGCGCGCCGGAUUUUCUCUUCCAGCUGGGGUUCCUCGCCGGGUCGAGUCGGGAGAAGUCGGCGGCGGGGGAGGUGAAGAAGGAGAAGUAG